AAAGCUAAAUCUGGCAAGACUUCCGACGGGAACUCCUCCGUUUUCAAACUCUCCACGAUGGAGAGUCAUAAUAUCAGUUGUUGUAACUCUGUAGACGACGUCGUUUCGCAGUUACCACUUCAGCUGAUCAAAUCGGAGAUCAUCCCUCCGACACCGAACCGAUCAAAAUCUCCGUCCGAAUUCGAGCCAGCAAUUGACUGGCAGCCUAACUUCGCUGGCUACUCAUGGAUUGCCUACGGUGCCUCGUCUCUCCUCGUCAUACGUCAAUUCCCUAAUCCUCUCUCACAAACUGAGACUGUAAUCGGCACAGUUUUUCAGCAGGUCCUCGAGCUGUCAAUCGACGGCACUGGCACUGUCUCCGCCGUUGCUUGGUCCCCGGUGACGCCUUCUUCUGGAGACCUUGCCGCCGCACUCGAUAACUGCAUUGGAUUGUUUUCUUACAAUUCUGACGCUUCUCAUAGUUCUUUUUGUUGGAGCCAGACCUCAACACUAGUGCAAUCUACAAAGGUGGACUCAAUCACAUGGACGGGAUCAGGAGAUGGGAUAGUUUCAGGUGGCAUUGAAUUGAUAUUAUGGAGAAAGAAGGAGAGGUCGUGGGAAAUAGCUUGGAGAUUUAAACCAGAACUGCCUCAGACUCUGAUUUCUGCUACUUGGUCAAUUGAAGGACCUUUGGCUGCUGCACCUUCACAUAGUGAAGGUUCGGGUUCAAAAAUCCAUGCAGGACACAAAUGUGUUUUGGUAUGUCAAAGAGAUGCAGACUCCGGACAUUCAGAAGCUAUGCUGCCCCAUCCGUUACCAGUUUCUAUGAUUCAGUGGAGACCAUCUUUAGUUACACAUUCAACUAGAGAUGGCAGCUAUUCUAGGAGGUUGGUGUUAUUAACAUGCUGUUUAGAUGGAGCUGUAAGGCUCUGGAAUGAGAUUGAUGAUGGGAGGGUUAGAAAAGUUGGCAAGGAUAGUAAUGAUCACAAACUGAGUAAAUUCUCUUUUCGUGUUGUCGCUGUAGUUGAGGUAAACCAAGCAUUAAAUGGAAUGCUGGGCUUGGAUGUGUCUGUAAGAUGGGCAACAGAUAUUAGUGGUUUAAUAACUGUCAAUGAGGAAGCUGUGACAUAUUCCUCAUCAGAUGAACAUCAACAAAGCAAUGCUGGUAGGUGUGAAUGGUUGAUUGCCAUAGGUCCUCAAACGACACUGACCUUUUGGGCUAUUCAUUGUCUUGAUGAUUUUUCUCCAGUGAGAGCCCCAAGGGUGACAUUGUGGAAAAGAAAAGAGUUGAACAGUCCUAAUGAGGUGCCAAGGGGAUUGCUCUUAAAUAAAGUCCUUAUCAUGAGAAAUCAGGUCUUUGGUCCACCAGCAGUGUGUUCUUUUAUUAGUCUAUUACCAAGUAACUCUCUAGCCUGGAUGCAGUUAUAUUCUUCAAAAUUCCCCAAAGGUGAAGAGGUAUCUUCAGAACUGAGUAGUACAGACGAGUCGCCUCCAAAUAAAUGUCAGACUGAAUGUUUACUAUCACUAUGUGCAAGGGGACUUUCAAAUGCAGACAGUCACUGCAGUAAAAUUCUGCAAGUUGCAAUUCAUCCUUGUUUAUCUGAGUUGGAAUUUGCUGCCUCCCUGGACACUGAUGGAAAGCUCCUCUUUUGGUUGUUUUCUUCUGCUUCAAAUACUAUUGUGGGCCUCCCAACUUUGAGCCCAUCUUGGAAACUGUUUGGAAAAGGUGCGAUUGCACUCCCUCAACAACCCAAGUAUACAAGCUUAAGAUGGGCACCCACUCUGUUAAGUGAAGACCACCGUAUUCUUGUCACUGGACAUGCAGAUGGAAUAGAUUUAUUAGUAGUUAAGGCUGUGAAAACUGAAGAAUUGGAAAUAGUUUGUGACAAAAUAUGUACUAUACCACUUACUGCUGGAAGUCAUGGGCAGGGCCCGGAUAGCGUCUUUUCAAUUCCGUUGCCUUCCACUUGUAACAAAACUAUUUUAAAUAGCUUUUUGCUGUUUGCUGUGUGGGAAAAAGGCUUUCAGGCAUUAUCGUGGAAAAUUAACCUUCAUCACUAUGAUUUGUCGGAAACACGCUGUGGUUGCAGUUUUGACAGUGGAAACACCUUGCAGAACAAUAUAUGGAAAUUUGAGAGUAGUUAUUCUGGUUAUAGGUACCUUGUCUCUGUUGAACCUUCUUCAUCAGUUUUGCCAGAGCCCCAUGACAAUGGUAAGAUUUCAAGUUAUGCUGUGAUCUGUCCCACAAACUCUGGUUUAACUGAAGAAAUUUUUGCUAAUAAUUUAUAUAGCAACUACUUUGCUUAUCAUAUGGUCACUGGUUGUCUUGAUGGUAACUUGCUAUUAUGGAGAAGUGUGCCUGCUGGGAGCUCGAAUUCUCAAUGGGAUCUUGUUGGUAGGAUUGCUUUGCAGCAAGGCCCUAUUUUGGCUAUAUCUGCAAGUGUCUGUGGCAGAAAAAUUGCAACUAUCUCGAAAGGUCACUUAAGUACUUCUGCUAUUCAUAUAUGGGAAUGUGCGAGAAUUGAGGACGCUGGCAGCUUUAUACUAGAAGACACUUUAUAUUUUGAUGCAGAGGUUGUUGCUUCAAAUUGGUUGACGAUAGGGAAUGGUCAGUUUUUACUUGGAGUUUGCUCAAGAGGUAAGGUGCAGGUGUUUACUCAAAAGCGGUGUGGAGGUCAAUGCAAUUUGGAACCGGAAAAAUCAUUUGAAGGCAACAUCUGGGUAUGUCUUGCAGCAAGUGAUACUAACCCUACCAUUCAAGACUUCUUUUGGGGACCCAAAGCCAUGAUAGUGGUUGUUCAUGAUGAAUAUAUUUCUCUAUUUAGCAAGUUCUCAUACUUUAUGAACAAGAAACUUCUGCCCCAGCUUGGUGGAAAAGUCUGCAAGCAGAGUUCUGUCUGUCACUAUGGUUCUAAUAAAGUGCCAAUAUUUUAUGGUCAUGAAAAUUGUGACUAUGCACAGUAUCAGGCUAAUUUUCCCUUGAAAAUGGAAGUGGUCAAUGAGACUUCACUGUUUAGUAGCUUGACAAAAUCUAAAGAAGGCUUUACUUCUGUUAAAAAUGGGAUCUGGAGCAUUUUAGAGAUAGCAGAACUUGUAGGAGGAUCUCUUCCUCUUGUUCACCCAGAGGCAAUUCUUGUAAACUUACUUUCAGGUAAUUGGAAACGUGCAUAUGUAGCUCUGCAGUGUCUCAGUAAACACGUAGCUUCCCCAAAGUUAUCUGUGGAAAUAUGCUGCCUUCGAGCCUUCAGUGGUUUAAUAUUUCCCAUUUCGUUGUCAAACUAUCUUGAAGGACAUGUCUUGUUAAGCACUGGGGAGAAGUCAUUUCAAUGGGGUGGACCUUCAGAGGUUCAAAAAGGUUUCCUCCAAGCUUCCUCAAGCUGGGGAUAUGCUGCAUCUGAUAAUGCGCUCUCUAUCUCUUCUGCAAGAUCUGAAAUUACUGACUUUCUAGAAGCCUUUGAUAAACUUCAUAAUUUUGCAACUAUAUCUUCCACUGAAAUGAUGCAAAUUCGAGCUGCUAUUCAUCUUCUAGAUGAAGUUAGCAAUAUGCAGUCAACUUCUGCCUAUAAUAGCCUUGAUGGACCUGGUCGAAGGUUUUGGGUUUCAGUGAGGUUUCAGCAGCUGUAUUUUGUUCAACGAUUUGGCAGACCACCAUCAGAAGGUGAGCUGGUUGUGUACUCGGGGCUGAUUGGAUGGGCUUUCCACUCUGAUUGCCAAGAGAAUUUGUUUGAUUCUCUUAUAUCUAAGGAACCAUCUUGGCGAGAAAUGCGCGAUAUGGGUGUUGGAUUAUGGUAUACAAGUGUGGCACAACUGCGAGUGAAGAUGGAAAAGCUGGCAAGGCAGCAAUAUUUGAAGAAUAGAGAUCCCAAGGCAUGUGCACUUCUGUAUAUUGCAUUGAAUAGGCUUCAAGUUUUAGCGGGCCUUUUCAAGAUUAGCAAAGAUGAGAAAGACAAACCUCUGGUUGCAUUUCUUUCACGCAAUUUUCAGGAAGAUAAAAAUAAGGCAGCUGCUUUAAAGAAUGCAUACGUGUUACUGGGGAAACAUCAGUUGGAGCUUGCAAUUGCUUUCUUUUUGCUUGGAGGAGAUACCACGUCUGCUGUCACUGUUUGUGUGAAGAAUCUUGGGGAUGAGCAGCUUGCGCUUGUAAUUUGCCGACUUGUUGAAGGUUAUGGUGGAAUGCUAGAGCAUUACCUUAUUUCGAAAUUGCUUCUCCCAUCUGCUCUUGCCAAAGGUGACUACUGGCUUGCAAGCGUACUGGAGUGGAUAUUAGGAAAACCCUCACAUGCUUUUCUUAGAAUGCUUGCUUUCCCAACGGGUUCCUUGAACGAUAAGUCAAUAUUCUCAUCCCGUCAACCUGCCUUCUUAGAUCCAAGCGUUGGUGACUUUUGCUUAAUGUUAGCAGCCAAAACUACCAUGAAGAAUUCUAUUGGGGAGCAAAAUGCUGCUGCCUUGAGUAGAUGGGCGAUCUUGAUGAGGGCCACUGCCUUAAGCAGAUGCGGUCUACCUCUUGAUGCUUUGGAAUGCCUUUCAUCUUCUGUGAGCAUCAUUGGUGGUUCAACUGGAGGAAGUGUGCCUGAUAAUGUUGACUCUGGAUACCUGCAUGAAAUGCUGAGUGCAAUGCUAAAUGAAACUUCAUCAAACUGGCUAUCAUCGGAUGUGGCUUUACGGAUAGAAUCACACAUGAGAUCAGACUUGUCUAUGCAAUACUUGUCUAAGAUGUUAAGGAGACAUCCAAGCUGGGUAGACCAUGAUAUGAUAUGUCUUCAGGGACACAUGGAUACUGUAUCAGAGAAUGAAGAAUACAAGCUUUCAGUUGAAGCUUUUCAAGAUGAACUGAUGACGACAAUUGCAUCCUUUCAACUGAAGUUCUCCUUAAUUCCUCUACAUCUUAUGUACUUGACUUUUUUGUCAUUUUGCAACGGUGGUUUGGCGUAUACAGGAUGCUACUUGUUGCGCGACUACAUAAAUAAAUAUCUGUCGACGGAGCAAGGCCAUGAACUUGAUGGUUGCUCAUUGUAUGCUUUCCUUCCCAAGCUAUUUCUUGAAGUAUCUGGAGAAUUAUUUUAUAUUUCUGCAAGAUACAUCAUUAUGUGUAGCAUGGACUGUUUCUACUUGAAGUCAUUCGCCCUUAGGAGUAAUGGAGCUGAUGAAAAUAUUUAUGGCGCCAUUUUAGAGCUGUAUAAAAAGAGGUUGUCUUGGUCAUUAUGGUGUCUUAGAGCCACAAUGCAGUUUUCUUCAGUUUCUUCUGCAGAAAAUUUUGUGGGGACACAUUUCACUGUCCUUGAUUUAACAGAGUAUUUGUUACUGUUUGCAUCUGCUUUGGUACAAAGAAAUUACAGUGUUCUUCUCCUGAUUGUGAAGCCUCUCUUGAUGGCAAGAACUUCAGAUGAGACAGGCAUAAAGGAUAUACAAAAACUGCUUUGUGAGACUCGAGAAACGGUGGCUCAUGAUUUACCUAUUCAUGAUGCUGGAUCUUCUGUUCAGAACAAGAAUCAAAUGCCACAGGCACAAUUUGGGGAUGUUAUGUUGUCUGUUCCGGAAGAGAGAUGGCAUGUCAUGGUUGCUUCUUUUUGGGGAUAUGUUUCUAGCUUUUUAAAAUACAAGCUAAAUCUGCUAUCUCCGGAACAUGAAGAAAGCGGUUUGUUUCUACCUCCAGGCAGACAUCCCAGUGUAUCCACUUCACUAAACUGUGUAAAUGGCAACAAUGUCUCAAUCCACAUUGGGAUUGUUCCAGGACUUCUGGCGAAGAUACUAAAGAUUACAUGUACUCACAUCUCUUCUUACUGUGUGAAUCGGUUUGCAUCCAUCCUGCUGGAGAGCAUAGAUCCAGGUGCAACUACUCUUUUCUGGUCUGAAGAUUAUCUGUCCCUACAUAAAGCGCCAGAUACUAAACUUAGUCAUAGAAAUAAUGAUCUGGAUAAGUUGACUGCUGAAGAUGAAUUAUCAGCAUUUGAGGCAUUAUGGGAUAUUUGUUCUGAGCUUAAGAAAGCUAAUCAGGGAUUUGUGCUUCAAGACCAGAAGUUUUUACAGCAUACCUUGCUAAAGUCCUUUAAAGGAUGGAAUGAAAUGUACCCCAGCAUUGUAAGAGAGUGUGAAGUUGAGGAAACUUGUGACAGAGACGAUAGGUUUGGUAGUCCAAGCAGCGCAGCUGGAUCUCCUCUUGCUUGUUUGUCACCAAAUAAUCAUCCUUUCCAAAGUUCUGGGGGAAAAGAUACGAACCAUACAAAGAAGGUUUUGCCUUUUCGUAGUCCGAUGGAGAUAUAUAAGAGAAAUGGAGAACUUUUGGAGGCUUUGUGCAUCAACUCCAUUGAUCAACAUGAAGCUGCUCUUGCUAGCAAUCGGAAGGGAUUAUUAUUCUUCAAUUGGGAAGAUGGGCUUCCUUGUGCGAACAGAUCUGAUAAUGUCUGGGCAGAAGCUGAUUGGCCACAUAAUGGUUGGGCGGGAUCCGAUUCUACACCAAUUCCUACUUGCGUCUCUCCUGGAGUGGGUCUCGGGAGUAAAAAGGGCACACACCUCGGGCUAGGUGGAGCAACUGUUGGCGCAGGUUUUCUGGCAAGACCUACAUUUGGGCUUCCAGGUUAUGCCAAUACGGGUGGAUCCAAUCUUGGCUGGGGAGUUCAAGAGGAUUUUGAUGAGUUUCUUGACCCUCCUGCCACAGUAGAAAAUGUUAGGACAAGGGCAUUCUCAACUCACCCUUCAAUGCCUUUUUUCUUGGUUGGCUCGAGCAAUACACACAUAUAUUUGUGGGAGUUUGGCAAAGAUAGAGCUACUGCAACAUAUGGAGUGCUUCCUGCUGCAAAUGUCCCUCCACCAUAUGUUCUUGCUUCUGUAUCUGCCGUGAAAUUUGAUCAUUGUGGUCACAGAUUCGUAUCUGCUGCUUCAGAUGGUACUGUGUGCACGUGGCAGCUUGAAGUAGGAGGCAGAAGUAACAUUCGGCCAACAGAAUCCUCUCUUUGCUUUAAUAAUUAUACAUCGGAUGUCACAUAUGUUACGUCAAGUGGUUCAAUCAUAGCUGCGGCGGGAUAUAGCUCCAGUGGCGUUAACGUUGUCAUAUGGGACACACUUGCUCCACCAGCGACAUCUCGAGCCUCCAUAAUGUGUCAUGAAGGAGGUGCACGCUCUCUAGCAGUGUUUGAUAAUGAUUUAGGAAGUGGUUCUAUUUCCCCCCUCAUUGUGACGGGUGGGAAAGGUGGUGAUGUUGGACUUCAUGACUUCCGGUACAUAGCUACUGGAAAGGUAAAAAGACAGAAGCAUACAGAAAUUGGUGAUCAUGGUGUGAAUUCUAUGGUUGACAUGCAGAAGAAAACCGGUGAUCAGAAUCGUAACGGGAUGCUCUGGUAUAUUCCGAAGGCUCACACAGGGAGUGUUACCAAAAUAUCAACCAUACCACAUACCAGCUUUUUCUUGACGGGAAGUAAAGAUGGAGAUGUAAAACUUUGGGAUGCCAAAAAUGCAAAAUUAGUAUUUCAUUGGCCAAAAUUACAUGAAAGACACACCUUCUUGCAGCCAAGCUCCCGCGGCUUUGGUGGUGUGGUACAGGCAGCUGUAACAGAUAUUCAAAUUGUUCCUCAUGGUUUUCUUACAUGUGGCGGAGAUGGUGCCGUAAAGCUUGUGAUGCUCAAUGAUCUCUUAAGGCUGUGAACACUAGGUUAAUGGCACAGCAAAGAACUAUUUGUUGCAUGAAUUGUUGUCUGCAGUGGUUCUCCUUUGAAUUUGCUUUGAGAUCCACUUAUAUUAGCUCUAAAGUUGGUAACCUGACUUGAUGAUGGAAGGAUAGCCCAGUGGUAAAGACCCUGCACCUCCAACCAUAAGUCGGCGAUGUGAGUCUCCAAGGGAAUAAAGUGGAAAAGGGCCAUUAUUGGGAUCCUGGAUCUGGGGUUGGGGUGGGGGGAUUACAUUUUGGAAAAAAGGUUAUACAAAAGAAAAAAGUUGGUCUCUUAACUUGUACCCAGGAAUUCUUAUCAGUGAAGUACCAGCUUAUUGUGGUCUAAAAUUUCCGUGUGCUGUUCUCUUGAAAGUAUUUGUACGCAGGAAAAGACUAUUUUGCAGGGGCCUAUAGCGCGAACAUGCGAUUUACUACCAAAGGUAAGUUCAACUAGAUAGCAUAGCAGGAUAGAGUCCUCAGUCUUUCAGUCUUGUUAACUAUUUAGGCUUUUUUUUUACCUCUUAAACUGAUGUGUGUAUAUAGAGGGAAUUCCGUUGCUUAUAUAUUUUAUCAGUCAGGUUUUUUUUUUUGUAAAUUGCCAAAAUAGCAAUAGGGAUUCAUUUUUUUAUUUCUUUUUUCCCGUCCUUUUAUAUGGUCUGUAAACGUUGUCAAAUUGCUAAAUUGUGAGAUCGGCGUAAUAUUGUGUUCCUUAUAUGGCAGAUUUGAUAUUUCCCUCA